GCUAGGACCCGGCGGGACGCGGGAGGAGGCGGGACUGACGGGCUCCUCAGAGCGCACGCGCAGUGGGGCUGGGAGGCAGGUCGCGCCUGCGCGUGGCGGGCCGUGAGCCGCUCGCCCUCAGGCUGUGCACCAUGGCCCAAGCAGAGAAGAAAGGCGGACUGCUCUGGAAAUCUUCAGCCUCCAAGAAACUAUUGAAAGAGAAGGUUGUGCUAAUGUACGAUGAGAUCUUCAUGACGGAGGACCCCAGUAAAUGCAGCCCUCGGUUCUGGGAGGAGCUUUUCCUCAUGAAGGUGAACCUGGAGUAUCUAGAAAGCAAGCUGGAGUCUCUGGAUGGAGAAGAGUUAAUGAAGAUAAAAGAUAACAUUAACUGUUUGUUCCAGCACUGCAUCCAGGCCUUGGGAGAAGAGCACCCAAUCCGAGUAGUCAAUGCAUUACAGACGUUAUGUGCCCUGAUUCGUGGCGUCCAUCAGAAGAACAAAUCUACCUCUGGGUUUGACAUCAUCAACAUGCUCAUGGGCUUCGACAGAGCAGAGCUGUGCAUGAAGAAUCUGAUGGAGAGCUUGGACUCGCUGCUUUGUGCAGAAGGCUCCGAAAGCCUGAAGAGUUUGUGUCUGAAGCUGCUUCUCUGCUUGGUAACGGUGACAGACAAUAUCAGCCAGAACACAAUCCUGGAAUAUGUGAUGAUUAACAGUAUAUUUGAAGCUAUUUUACAGAUUCUGUCCAACCCACCUAGUCGCCGGGAGCAUGGUUAUGACGCUGUUGUCCUUCUUGCUUUGCUAGUUAACUACAGAAAGUAUGAGUCGGUGAAUCCGUACAUUGUGAAACUCUCUAUUGUAGAUGACGAGGCCACGCUCAACGGAAUGGGUCUUGUCAUCGCCCAGGCAUUAUCAGAGUACAACAGGCAGUACAAAGAUAAGGAAGAGGAGCACCAGAGUGGCUUUUUCUCAGCCUUAACCAAUAUGGUGGGCAGCAUGUUCAUAGCCGAUGCUGAUGAGAAAAUCUCCGUCCAAACGAAUGAGGCGAUUCUUCUGGCCCUCUACGAAGCCGUUCAUUUAAACCGCAACUUCAUCACCGUGUUGGCGCAGAGCCAUCCAGAAAUGGGGUUGGUGACAGUGCCGAUAAGCCCAAUUCCAACAACGCCAGUCACUCCACUCGGGACCACUCCGCCUUCUUCAGAUGUUAUAAGCUCUGCAGAGCUGCCUUUGGAUGCUGAUGUGCAGACUAGCAACCUGCUGAUAACCUUCUUAAAGUACAGCUCGAUUGUCAUGCAGGACACAAAAGACGAACACCGGCUCCACAGCGGCAAGCUCUGUCUUAUUAUCCUGACGUGCAUAGCAGAGGAUCAGUACGCAAAUGCUUUUUUGCAUGAUGACAACGUGAAUUUUCGAGUAAACCUGCACAGAAUGCCAAUGAGACACAGGAAGAAAGCCGCAGACAAGAACCUGCCCUGCCGCCCCCUGGUGUGUGCAGUCCUAGAUCUGAUGGUGGAGUUCAUCGUAACACACAUGAUGAAAGAGUUUCCUAUGGAUCUUUAUGUGCGGUGCAUUCAGAUCGUGCACAAGCUGCUGUGCUAUCAGAAGAAAUGCAGAGUGAGGCUUCAUUAUACCUGGCGGGAGCUCUGGUCAGCUCUGAUCAACUUGCUGAAAUUCCUCAUGUCCAACGAGACUGUGCUGUUGGCAAAACACAACAUCUUCACCUUGGCGCUCAUGGUAGUGAACUUGUUCAACAUGUUCAUCACCUACGGAGACACCUUCCUCCCAACGCCCAGCAGCUACGAUGAGCUGUACUACGAGAUCAUCCGUAUGCACCAGAAUUUCGAUAACCUCUACUCCAUGGUUCUACGGCUUUCGACCAAUGCCGGUCAGUGGAAGGAGCCCGCCAGCAAGGUGACCCAUGCGUUAGUCAAUAUCAGAGCCAUCAUCAACCACUUCAACCCAAAGAUCGAGUCUUACGCUGCAGUGAAUCACAUAUCCCAGCUCUCGGAGGAGCAGGUCUUGGAAGUGGUCCGCUCUAACUACGACACGCUCACCCUGAAGCUGCAGGACGGGCUGGAUCAGUACGAGCGCUACUCAGAGCAGCACAAGGAGGCUGCCUUCUUCAAAGAACUGGUUCGGUCCAUCAGCAUCAACGUGCGGAGGAACCUUGCCUUCAACACGCUGAGCCAGGAGGUCCUGCUGAAAGAGUUCUCCACCAUCUCUUGAGACAGAGGCGCUCAGCUGCCGCACGGGGCUGUCAGGAGAAUGGCCCAUCUCGGUGCAAACACUACAGAGCUGCAGCCGACUGCCCCUCGCCCGCGGAAGGGACUGCACUUCCUGCGGGCACCUGGCCGCUGAGCGUUUGAUUCCCAGUGCGUGCAUUCCUCCCGGACCCUGCGCUCAAGGAGAGACACUCCCAUACCUACAUACACGCCUGGGGCAGGGUUAGCUGAAGCAGCAUGUGAAGCAGGGACAUUGAUAGGCCGGGAGAGCAAUGGCGUCAUGGUGCCAGGGAAGACGUUAGAUGCCAUGGGUGUAGGUAGCUGCUUGGGCUGCAGUUCCGGCUGAGGACUAGCUGAGAGAUUCCCUUGGGGGGGCACGCACAUUAGCAAUGCAGAGAUCAGAGCUGGGCAGAGCUGGGGAUGUUUUCUCCCCUGAGCAGGGUCAGUCCAGAUGUGCUGGGGGACAUUUAGGGAGAGAUCACUCACCUGUCUCUGCAGGAAAGAUAAAUUUGCCCCCACCCCCCAAGGAAGGGGCAGGCUGGCUAAGCAAACAUGGGGUUCAGAAGCCUCAUCACAGUUGUGGGGGAGAGUCUCACUUCCAGGGCACUUGGCUGCAUCACUCUGGUCUGAUCCUGCCUCCUGGAGUCUGCCCGUGACGGGUGCUGCAGGCUGGUCCUACCAUGGCUGAUGUCCCCUCGGGCCCGGUCUCGGGAAUCACUCUGCUGGAAAACGUCCCCACGACACUCACUGCAUUAGAUGUUCCCAGGGCUUUGGGGGCAGGCUGGGGGAGCAGGACCAGCUCCCUUUCUCUCUCCCCCUCCCCCUUUAUUACCCCUCAAAGGCUCUGCAUUGCCAUGACUCUCCUCGUCCCCAGAGGGCUAGCCCAGCCUGCGACCCCCACUCGGCGCAUCCCCCAGUGGCCGAGCGGCCCGGCUGCCCCGGAGCUCAGAUCUUCAGCUGGGUGGCUGGAGCAGCCAGGGGCUCCUGUGUUGUCAGGUACAUGCACCAACGUAAGGGGACGCGUGGGAGGGUGUUAGUUCAUAGGCUGGUCCCACCUCCAGCCUCUGCCAAGCGCUUACGGAGAACUCUCCUCGGGGCAGUGUGAAAUGCAGGCCUUUCUGCGCCCAGCCCUUUCAGAACCGAGUCCCUGGCUGGACAAUGGCUGUGCCAGCUGCCCCCUAAAUCAGCCCGGGCCGUGUGAAUGUCUUUCGUCACGCUUGCCCCGUCAGCUGCACGGAGUGAGAGCAUUGCCGACAUGCUCAGCUCAGCAGAAUCUGGAUUGAAGCAGAAGCCAGCCGCCAGCACCGUCAUCUGCAUCCACCUUUUCUAGAAAAUGAUCAAGUGCCUAGGUGGGAGGGGGCUGGGACUCGCCCGAGCUCGCUCUCAGCCGCUCCUGGAAGCCACGGCUUCCACACGAGCGUUCUUUAAAAGUCCAAAUAACGUUAAUGAGCCAUCUCCCCACCAUGGGCAAGGGAACUGUCCCAGCUAAAACGGAUCCUUAGCCCCCUGCCAGCGCACCGGGGGCUGCCGGACAUACGGCCUGGGAGACCAGCUGCCGUCCAGCGGCUCCUGCCGCUCUGAGCAGACGACAGUUUGCCUUGACUCUGAGCUCCCUGGCUCGUAGCAGCUGAAGCCAGGCGUUCCACAGCGUUUUUCUUGUGACAGCGUCAGCGGGACAGCCGGCCAGCAGCGGCCAGAGCCUCGGUCUGCCAAGGCAAAGCCAGGACAGCCUGGUGCGAUCUGAUUCUUCAGCAGCGUGUAGGAGAAAGGUGCCGGAAGGCCAGCAGCAGGUGCGCUGCCGUCUCCUCUAGUCCUGGGGAGAACCCUGCCUGCUUCCGGCCUGCUGGGCUGCAUUUGCUGCAGGUGACUUGAGCGGCUUCCUUAGGCCCAGGUACCAGCAAAUCCCCACCACCACCAGAGGGGGCUGAGGAGGAUUGGAGCACUGGGUCCCCCUUGCUGAUCCAGGUUAGGCUGCACCUAGAAAGGUGGGGGCUGGGAGCAAGGCUGACCGCUCCAGAGACCAAGCCAACUGCCACGGUGUCUCAGCUUGUCCGUCUGGACCCCCACGAGAUCCCCUCUCCUGCAACGCCCCUUCCCUGGAUGACGAGACGACAGCAGGGCCCGCGCUGGGAUCAGUCCCGAGGGCAGCUGCUGAGCCAGCCUGCGGGUGACACGUGUCCUGUGUAGCGUCGCUGAGCCCAGCACUGCCGAUGGGGUCUCUGCAUAGCAUAGAGAGUGAAAUAAACGGGAAUGUUCGCCUUC